CCUUUGUGCGAGCUGUUUAGAAAUAAUAUUAACGUACUUAUAGCUACAAUAAAUCAUGAUACGAGUAAUUAUACACGUUUGGCACUCGUAAGUAGUCAUUGGGGUUUUAUCGUAAUACGUCAGUUAGUAGGAAGUUAGAUAAAACACCACUUCCUCAUGUGUUAACUGGGGAUUACAGAUUUUUUCUCAUUCAGUACUAUUAAAUAUGUGUCGCAGGGCUCCUAUGAAACGUUGAACAAUUUUCCUCGCGAAAUGAAGUGCAACGGAAAAGUAUCGUGAAAAGUACUUUUUCUUUUUUGUAUUUUUAAUAUUACUAAUUCGGAGUUUAAAAUGAGUGAAAGUCAUAGUGUGAAACGUGACUCGUUAGUUUUAAAGGAAGAUAAACCAUUAAAGGAAGAAAAGAAAUUGAGAAAUUGUUGCCGAUGUUCAAUACCGUAUAAACUUGCGGCAUUCUGUAUAAUAACAUGUUUAAUUUUUGUAGUGUAUUGGCUUAUAAUAACUCCCCUUUUAAUCAGUGCGUUUCGCAAUUAUAAUGCGAACGAAACAGAUAGGUGGUCUAUCGCAAGGCUCGUCCUUUACUGGGCCAUCGCGUUUAUAAUUUGGCUUCUUAUCAUGCUGUGCUUGACUUUGAUUUGGAAACGCAUCGAGUCGAAACAAAAUAGAAAAAUCAAAUUACAAUCAUACGGAACGAAUACAUCGGCAUCCUUGAUCAGUGUGAAAUACGACAGUCCACAGAUCGUAAAAUUCGCAAACGUAAAAAAAGAUGAUUCGUCCAAUGAUCUAAUUUCUGCUAAAAAUCAAACUGAAAGUGUAUACGAUGAAAUAGAUACAAAUAUUUCCGACGAAUCUCGAAAUAUUAAAAGAAAAAAUCCCAAAGAUCUUCCGCCUCUCGUAAUACACCGUCGCAAUUCAGGCAAUGAUAUUGAAAGUCCUGGUACUGUGAAUCUGAAAGAAAAUAUUGAUAAGAGUGACGAAGAUGAAUUAAAAUCGGGAAACGAAAUUAUUAAAAGGCAUAGAGAGUCAAUGAAAGAUUACUUGAAAUUGGUAACGGUCACUCCAGAUGAUUCAGUGGAUGGUAAAUCUCCUAAAGGACCGUUGUCCCCAAGAGAAUUAUUUUUUAUCGAUCUUAUAAAGGAAGCAGAAAAGGCUGAACGUGUUAAAGCGAACGACAGUUCGGAAAUAACGCCAGAAAAGCAUCUUUUCCCGCGCGAUGUCUUUCCGUCUCAGAAAGACGUUGACAGUAAUAUAAAAAAUGAUAAGAAAAAAUCAGUCGAUAGUCCAUCUAGUACAGGGCCAUCAACUUAUUUUAUUGCAAAUGUAGAGAGCCCAAAGAGCGAGAAAACAGAAGUAUAUUUAGAAAUCAAUUCAGAUCCAGAAUUAGUUAAGCACCAGCCUGUGAUUUUAAAUAUCGACAAGGCGAAAUUUGUAUCGCAAGAAAAUGCCAAGGAUAGUGAAAAGAAAAAUACCGAAGAAGAAAAAGUUGUUGUAUUUGAAAUAUAAUUAAAAACAUUCUGUAGUUCGAUAAAAUUUUAAAACUUAUAUUUUUACUAUGAUUUAUUCAUUUUUUUGUAAUACUACUAUCAGUAUUGUACUAUACUAUAUACCAUUACAAUAUUACAAACAGUACAUUAAAUUCCACCUAAAUCAUUUGAAUUAACAAUGUAAAAAACAUAGACCGAAAGGGUCGGUGUGUCGUAAAAUAUGACCAUAUAAAUAAAAUUUAAUAUUUAUUGCGUCAAUAAAGCACAUCUAUCGUCGUUUAAUCCUUACAAGUUUUUAAGGAUGAGAAUAAAAUAAUAAAUUUAACUGGCCACAUUCUACGUCGAUCACUUU